AUCAUAUGACCUGCUGCCGCUCAUCCCAAAGAUAACCGACUGUUGACCGCAGCUUUCUCGCUCCUUCAAAAAAAGAAAAACACUCUUCGCGCGUGCCGCACCGGACCCCGCGCAUUAGAAAACAAGACGUUUGGAGGAUGUACUACAACACCGCGCAACGGCAGAAAUAACUUGGAUAUUGGGAUAAGAAACACCGCUCUUCGUUCUGUAAAGGGUUUUACAGUUGAAAAAGGGACACUGACAGAGCGACAAUGCCAGAAGAAAAAGUGUUUCAUCAGCAGGCUGUCCACAGCCCUCUGGAGCAGGGGAAGCAGGGGGGCAGCAGCAGCAGCAGUUCCAUCCCCUGUCAGAACUGUGGCAAGGCCUGCAAGGGAGAGGUGCUGCGCGUGCAGAACAAACACUUCCACAUCAAGUGCUUCGUCUGCAAAGUGUGUGGCGUUGACCUGGCCCAGGGGGGGUUCUUUGUGCGCCAGGGGGAGUACAUCUGCACCCUGGACUACCAGCGGAUGUACGGCACGCGCUGCUUCAGCUGUGAGGAGUUCAUCGAGGGAGAGGUGGUGUCGGCCCUGGGCAAGACCUACCACCCACGCUGCUUCGUCUGCGCCAGCUGCAAACAGCCGUUCCCUGCCGGUGACCGCGUGACGUUUAACGGUAAAGAGUGUAUCUGCCAAAACUGUACACAGCCCCUGCCUGCCAACAGCCCUGCUCCCAUACAGGCUGUCCACAACUGCUGUGGCUGUGGGAAGGAGUUUAAGAACGAGCAGUCCCUGGUAGCGCUGGACAAACACUGGCACCUGGGCUGCUUCAAGUGUAAGGUGUGCAACAAGGUGCUCAACGCUGAGUACAUCAGCAAGGAUGGGAUCCCCUACUGCGAGGUGGACUACCAUGCCAUGUACGGCAUCCAGUGUGACAGCUGCAAGAAGUACAUCACUGGGAAAGUACUGGAGGCUGGGGAGAAACACUACCACCCCUCAUGUGCCCGCUGUGCCAGGUGUGAGCAGAUGUUUGGCGAAGGAGAGGAGAUGUACCUGCAAGGUAACUCUAUCUGGCAUCCUCCCUGCAGACAGGCAGCCAGACAGGAGGAGAAGAGUAAGGUGACCAGGACCUCCUCUGAGAGCAUCACCUCUGUCCCAGCCUCCAGUGCGUCUGGCUCUCCCAGCAGGGUCAUCUACGCCAAACUAGGAGAUGAGAUGCUGGAUUACAAAGACCUCGCUGCACUGCCAAAGAUCAAGGCGAUCUACAACAUCGACCGGCCCGACAUGCUCUCCUACGCUCCUUAUGUCAGCUACCCCUCAGAGGAACGACACUACGGAGAUGGCGACGGAGAGAAGUCUCCCCGUCAGAGGAGGCCCUCUAGCCCCAGCUCCACCAGCUCCCUGGGGAGGUAUGGAGGGUACACCCCGUCCCGCUCCCCCCAGAACUACAGCAGGCCGGGUAGAGUCUCUCCUGGAGGCAGAAACUCUCCUCUGCCCCUCAACCCCACCACCCUGGCCAUGCUCCAGCAGCACAACUAUGUGCCCUACUUCAGAGGUAGUGAAAGUGGUCGGAGUACACCCAGUUUGUCCACCUAUUCCGACGGCAAAUCUCCCUCCUCCACCUAUGUGGCUGCUCCCAGGCAUUUCCACGUACCAGCCUCUAGAACGUCCUGGCAAGAAGGGGACGACGUCAAGACAAGGACCAGUUGGAUGAUCUUGAAGAGUGAGAUAGACGGCCAACCUCUCCCAGAGGACCUGCUGGACCCCAGGAAGUCCACCUGCAGCCUGCCCACUGACGCCUCCCUGCCCAGCUUCCCCUACAGCAAGUCUGCUUCCCUGCCAGGAUAUGGAAGAAAUGGCAUAUACAAGGAGGUUGCCGACCAUGCUGAGGAUGAGCCAGACCAGCAGGACUCCCACAGCUGGGGAGGAAUGAGAGAGUACAAGGUGUACCCCUAUGAGGUGCUGGCUGUGACUCACAGGGUGAGGGUGAAGCUACCCAGAGAUGUGGACCGUACCAGACUGGAGAGACACCUCACCCCAGGAGACUUCCAGCAUGUGUUCGGGAUGACCCUGGAUCAGUUUGACCGCAUGGCCCUGUGGAAGAAGAACGACAUGAAAAAGAAGGCACGCCUUUUCUAAAGCCGAAGUGACUGUAACAGAGAGAAAAAUAACAUCUCGAGUCUACAACGUCUGUCCAGUCUGGAAGAAAGGAAAUCAGAAAAAAAAAACAUCAGAAAUCAUCUAUAUAUGCACCGCCAUACUACGUUACACCUGCGAAACAUAAUCUCUGCCAGAAUAAGGAAGGGGGAGACAUUUUCACGAUGUCGCCAUGACCGGCAUCCAACGUUGAGGCAAUGUUCGUCACAUAUAGCUUUUGUAUGCGUUGUGGUCUGAAUGUUAUUUUUAUAACCUUUUUGGGGAGGUGGGGGGAGAUGCAUUUGCAUGGCCCGUGACACCGCUCCUCCUCUUCCCCUCUCCCCGCCUCUAUGUGAGUUCUGCAUCCCCCUCCCCCUUCCUCCGCAAAAAGAGAAAUAGCAGCUUUUCUAAAAUCCUUGUGCAGGCUUUUUUUCUUUUGUCUCUGUUUCUUACUGGUUUAACGUGUGCCUCUUUUACUGUCUUUAUCUCGACUUGGAACAAUAUCUCUCGCUGUUUUUUAAAAUCUGUUUCGUUUUCCCCCUCUUAUCGUUCCUGCUAUCUGUUUUUCUUACCCUCUCUAAGGUCUCUCUCUCUCACUUGAUCUUUCCUUAUCUACCGUGUCUCAUUUAAGGUCUUUCUCUCUCUCUCUCAUCCCCCCCCUCUCUCUCUUUCUCUCUCUUUCUCUUACCACCUCACCUCUCCUCUUACUCCUCUUCUCUCCGUC